AUGACUGUGUCAGCAGCACCAGAGCUUAGUGAUGGGGGUCUGGUGGUGGGCAUCGUGGCUCAUGCUUUCUCCGUGACCUUGGUCCUCCUCCUGAUGAAGUGCCUGCACUCGCGCUGCCCCCAGCUCCGUGGCUGCCACGGGUCCCAGGAGGAGGAUGAAGAGGGCCAGGCAGACCCAGGCUCCCUCGUUCUGGACACGCUCUCACAUGAACCCUGCCCCAAGACGGCCUGCCAGGAGGUAGAGCAGUUCUACAGGGAGCUCCACACCCCAACCGGGGGCAGGGUCCUGGUCAAGACGCUCCUGCAGAAGCUGCUGGUCUUCAUGACCAAGGAGGUGGACCACAGGGGGGGCUGCCUGAUGCUCUCUGACAUGGGCAUCUCUCUGGAGAUCCCAGCAGGUGCGGUGAGUCUGGGACGGACUGAGCGGGUUUCCCUGGUUCUGGUGUGGGACCUGUCUGACUCCCCCUCUCUGCAGCGCUCCCAGGCUCUGCUCAGCCCGGUGGUGUACUGCGGACCCCAUGGCACCUCGUUCCUGCAGCCCUGCCUCCUCUCCUUCAAGCACUGCGGUGGGAACGCCUCCCAGGUGCGUGUCUAUGCCAGUGACACCGCCCUGCUCCCAUCCAAGAGGUGGGGCGAGGUGGGAGCCCAGACCAAAACCUGCAUCACCCGCGAUGAGUGCCAGGUAGCACUCACACACUUCAGUCUGUACUCCGCUGUCCUGGAAGCGUGUGACAGCACCGAAGCUCACAAGUGGCUCCAGCUGGCCAUGUUCGCCUCUCCGCUGGCUGCCGAGCAGACUCACCAGCAGAUCCGGGUCUACUUCCUCAACAACACCCCCUGCGCUCUGCAGUGGGCACGCUGCAAUGAGCAGCCCUUCCUGGGCCAGCUCUGUGGUCCGGUCCAGAUCUUCGACUUUACCAGCGCCAGCAGCGACAUGCUCCUGGUCCUCAAGUACCUGUCAGAAGGCUGGGAGAACGUGGACGAGAGUGCCAGCCAGUCUGUCCCUUUCCUGCACAUCUGGCACGGGAGAUGUCCCUUCCGCUCCUUCUGCUUCAAGAGAAAGCAGGCUGACUGCACCCAGGACUCCAGCGAGAUUAUAGUGACCAUGCACACCUAUCAGCAAGGUCAGCAGGGAAAAUACUUUGAGAUCCUUCGUUUCCACCUGUCUGAGACCGGCUGCCACGUGGAGAGCAUCGCACCAAAGCCGUACUGCAACAGGAUUCCCAGAGAGCUCUUUAACCAGCUGCAGAUGCUGCUGGAGCCAAGCACAGUGAGCGGGAACGACUGGACGAAACUGGCUUCACGUCUGGGGCUGUGCGGGAUGAAAAUCAGGUUCAUGUCGUGCCAGCAAAGCCCCGCGGCUACAGCUCUGGAGAUCUACGAGGAGCAGAACGGCAGCCUGCAGGGGCUCCACGACAUCAUGGUGGCUAUGGAGAGACUGGACUGCGCGGCCUGCAUCAAGGGCUACCUGGCGCAGUCACCCAGCCCCAGCCCCAGCCCCGCAGGGAAGAAAGCCAGCAUGGAUUCGGAGAGAGACAGCGGACUGAUUGACUGCGGCUCCCUGGAAAAGCAGGGGGUCCUCCCCAGCGACGACGGGAAGCUCACUCUGCACGUCUACGACAACGCAGCCAUGGAGAGGGUGGAGGAGGCUGCCUAGGUGAACAUGAGCCUGGGGGGCAUACCCGAAAAGAACUCAGACAGCAAGGCACUGCUGCAUUUCAGCAUGGGAAUCAGCAUGCAGUGCCGGGGGAAAAAGAGAAAGUGUUAGAGUCAAGGACUGGGACUUCAUAAAGCUGUGACCUAGAGAGAGUUUCAGCUGUUUGGGAUUCCUCUUCCUAAAGGGCUGGGGGCUCCACACAGGCCCUAAUGCGUUCCCUCAGUUUGCACGGAGAUGCGCACACAGUCCAAGUGCAUUUCAAGCACUUUCAGGGUGUAUAUGAAUGAACUGAAGCGUGAGUAACAGAGACUGUUCAGUUCUUGCAUUUGAAAAUGUAAAAACCCAGCAUGCUUGUCUAGUAUCUGAAUGCAGAAUAGAGGAUGAAGUUAUGGAAUGAAUUACAUAAAAUGAUGGCUGUAUGUGGGGUGGGAGGGGGUUUAAGAAAACACAAAAGCUGAACCA